AAACAAUAGACAAAGUACGGUGUAGCGAAUUUGACAGCAACCCUCAAAAACAUAACUGCCCUGUCACGCAACGAACCUGACAACCGCCAUGAAAAUUGUUGUUUACGCGCUGCACUGAACGCAACAAUAGUUGUGUAAAACAUUUUCUUUCCAUUUUAAUUGGAGUAAAUAUUAGGCACUAUGGCCGAUAACCACGACAGUAUCCGUUGUCGCAAAUCAUCCAACCCUUAUACAAGGCAAGAUUUGAGGAAUGCAAUUAAUCUGAUAGUUGAACGCGGCACCUCUAUUCGCCGGGCGGCUUUCGUUUGCAAUGUGCCACGCACGACUUUGUCCACAUAUUUGAAAUCUCUAAAACACGGAAAAAUAAGCAAACUGUUACCACAGGAAGAACAAGCCCUGUACCAGUGGAUGACAGACUGCUGCAAAAGAGGAUUUUCGAUCAAAAAGCGUAACGUGGAAACAGCAGCGGAAGCACUUGUCCAGAAGAAUAUUCCUGCCCGCACACAUCCUUUCCAGGAUACGGAAUUUGGAAGGCGAUGCUAUCAGAAAUUCGUGAAAAGAUGGCUUUCCAUUGAUCGUGUCAAGUAUCGCAAACAUCUCGGUGCCAUAAUGGAUUGGUAUCUACACAUUGAAAGCUACCUGAACGAAUCGAAUUUGUUUGAAAUUUUGAACCAUCCUACCCGUAUCUUUCUAUGCGAUGAAUUACGCUUCCGCGAGCGGGUUGAAAUGGAUGAAAGAGUGCGGACGUUGCUGAAAAAGAUGACAAUGCUUUACACUUUCUCUGCGGCGGGGCAGCAUCUGUCCCCGUUGCUCGUUUACCCGUAUCGACGCGACGUUCCACCACACAUAGUGCAGGCAGCUCCGAAAAACUGUGCCAUAGUAGCACAAGAGUAUGGCCAAGUGACGCCAAAAACGUUCGCCGCUUACCUAGACAAGGUGGUGGACAAGUUCGUAACGACAUACGACAUUCCCAAACCAGUGAUCAUGUUUGUGGAUGAAUCCCACGUAGAUCUGACACUACACCUGCACAACACCUGCAAACGGUUGGGCAUCAUACUGAUUGGUUUGUCUGCUGCUCAAGUAGUGAAACCCACUGCGAAUGCAUUUAACCAUAUUUGCAACGGAUGGGAACAGGAGCUUCCGAAGUGGGAAACUGAAAAUGGUCGCGAAUUCACGCUGGCUGAAUGUGCUGGACUCAUGCAGCAAAUCAACCAACGGUAUAUCAACAGUACGGUGCUUGUGAAAGAUUUUGCUGAUAGCAAUUUGUGUCCUUGGAAGCGGCCUAUACGCGAGAUAGUCGACGAUGUCGCGACAGUAACGCAUGAUGAUAUGGAAGAUGAGGACGACGAUGAUAUUGAAAUCGAACAUUUCCUAGAAAAUGUUGACGGCUGGUCAGAUGGAGAUGAAGCAGAAGAUUUCGAUCUUGGAGACGAUGAAUUCAAUGGUAUGGAUGGCAUUGACGAAGCCACCGACGAGCCACCGAAGGAUAUGAUGGUGAAAAUAGCUGAAGAACGUAGAGAUGUGAACGAUAAAAAGACGGAAACGAAGGCUACCACAGCUGAAUCUACCGGGACAGAGCUUGGUAAUUCGAAUCCUGCUUCCGACAAGCCCGAAAUUGCCGACGAUAAUUAUUCUAACACCAUUGAGAAGACGAAUGAGAACGUUACCGUCGAUGGAAAUGCAUGUGUCCAAACACUGCAAACGCCGCAAAACGACUCCAAUUCGGAGACGGAUGAUUACCAGGAUGGACCACCGGAUGACAUCGAUAUUAGUAUUAAUUUUAUCGACUUCAAACGUGCCAUCGGCAGUGAGCUGACGGAAAAGUUUGAACGCAAACUUGAAAUUGAAAAUCGUCUACCCCUGGGUAACCAUGCCGAGAACGUGCUGUUCGACAUUUAUCGUCAAUUUCGAUGCGAUGUUGUCACUGAUAGUGAUGACGAUUACGAUAUUGUGGAGGUAGGCGAUGAAUGAGCUCGUUUCCACACCAUUCCAAACUUGUGCAGAUUACUUUAUUUUUAUUCAGUAAGAUAUUAAUUGUACGUUACAUAUAAUAAUAGAAUAGUUCCAAAAUUAUGGACUUUUAAUGCAUGCGUGAAAAAUGCCAGUAAAGUA